UAAACCGCUGGCUCAACGUAGGUCGGUUCACUAUAUGUCUCAACCUCCCGACCAAUCCAUCACCUUCAACGCAAAUCGAGUCGAUUUAUCUCCGAAUACUUUCUUACCAGUAACCCCAAAAUGGGCUCGAUUCUCCUCCCAGACCCUCUCUAUCUCACGCGCCUUCGCCCCACCACUUCCGCCACCAGUAAUACCACCGCGUAUGCUCUCCAGGCGCCGUGCCUACUCCUCUCCCAUCCUGGCCGUACACUCUUCUCCAUUUACUCCACCUCAUUCCAUGGCAUCUCGGCGCUUCACAGGUCCUCUUCCUUAGUUUCCGCUAGUGACACCGUGAGUGCCAAUUCGGCUUCGCUCAGCGCUGGAGUUUAUACAGUGGGUGAUUUCAUGACUAGAAAAGAGGAUUUGCAUGUUGUAAGGCCUACAACUUCUGUGGAUGAAGCAGCUCUGGAAAUUCUUGUGGAAAGGAGAAUUACUGGUUUUCCUGUGAUUGAUGAUGACUGGAAGUUGGUUGGUCUUGUUUCAGAUUAUGACCUCUUAGCAUUGGAUUCUAUAUCAGGUGGUGGACGAGCUGAUAACAGCAUGUUUCCUGAAGUUGACAGCACUUGGAAAACUUUCAAUGAGGUGCAGAAGCUGCUGAGUAAAACCAAUGGGAAAGUGAUUGGUGAUUUAAUGACACCAGCUCCAGUUGUAGUUCGUGAAACAACUAAUCUGGAGGAUGCUGCUAGAUUGUUACUUGAGACAAAACACCGCAGGCUGCCUGUUGUUGACGCUAACGGCAAGCUGGUUGGAAUUAUCACCAGAGGAAACGUUGUAAGAGCUGCUCUUCAUUUAAAACGAGAUCUUGAAAAGAAAGCUCCAUAACUAUAUAUGUUGUUGAAGCCUUUUGAGGCAGUCCUCGGCUACCAGGGAUUAAAUGUAAUUCCCAGAUCAUCAUGUAAGACUUCAUCUGCUUUAUCUGUACAAUUUUGACUAAUGAAUGUAUUAAUCUCUCAUUGA